AUGGCGUCAAGUGACCCUGAGAUUAAGGAUGGAUUCACACUUCCUGCUUGGAUGAAAACUAAACCAGCCAAGGAGUUUGAACCUUUCGCGGGAUCGCCGCCAGCUCCAGAGGACUCAUUCUUCUACAUCCGGUACCCCAGAACCGACGUAUUGUUUGGAAAGCCGAGGAUCAAUCAAGACGCUCCAAAGGUGUUCGCUGAACCAACGAACGAAGUUAAAGCCGCCUCAGCUUUUAACAUAAUCAAGGAGAAAGACUGGUCGAAGCAUACGAAACCGUGCCAAGACGUGCUCCACGGCAUUGCACCAAUCAACACAGCAGUUAACUCUGUUACUUCAAAGCCAAAGCCUGCGGGGACAGACGACGGUUUCAAAGGCGAGGGCGCGGCUUGCGGCAACUCGAUUGUCAAGGUAGCACAUCAGAUCAUAUCUUCGAAGUCGUCGCGAGGGUUCACAGUGGCAUCGCCCGAGGAGGACCACGCCGUAGCUCCCGACCUGCACCAGUACAACUUGAUGCACCGCCGAGGCAGUAAGAGCCUGCCCGCUACUCCUGCACACUCACCGCCAGGCAGCCCAACAAGCCGUAGGAGGAUGAACGGCAAUCGUUUCUUCACGUCGCCGUACGAACCAGUGGAGGAUGGGAAUGCGCCACGUUCGUGGUUGUCUAUGGCCCUCCUGGGAUUGAAGAAAGACCUCGCCACGUCAACCUCCACGUUAGCAGAGGAAGACAGCUUUGACGUACUCUCUGUUUCACGCGGAAACCUCGCGGAAUCAGUGGAAAAUCUUGGCCCAGCACCUAAGAGGAAAGAAACUCUCAAUAAUGUACCACAAGAACCAGUGGCCCAGGCAACCAAGCCCGCGAAACCUACUACUUAUCGUCCCAAACCGUCAGAACUACGCGAAAUGAAUUUCUGGUCGCCCACUUCCAUGUGA